AUGAUACUUCAGUCCAUCAUCCUGGCACUCCUCCUGUGGCUUCCUGGCAUAUGCGGGAAAUGUUGCCGAGAAGAUUCAGGAGGCGACUGCGGCGACAACUCCGUAGGCACGCCCUGCUGCGGGUACAAGGCUUGUAACGCCUUCUGUUGCUCUUGUCCUGGAGUCUCCGUCAUACGAGAGAUCAUCGACAAGAGUAGCACAGAAUGGACAUCCGUCAUCACUGCACCUUAUGACUGGGCACACUCGACUUACGAACAGUGGACUUGUCGUGCCAGCCACAUCACGACAUGGUAUCCUCCUCCAACAAAACGCGCCCUUCCUGAAGACACGGUGACAACCAUCCUCGGCUCCGGCGAGCCUGUGGCCACAAUCACGAAAAAGCCUCAACCCACCUUGACGACGAUGCUGUUGCAUGCCGCGUACAACCAGGACUCGCUUGCAGAACUGGAGGAGACAUUCAGCUCGGUGAGCAGGGGCGAAAAGAGAAAUGGCACGAGUGUCAUCACUCUAGACCAGUACUUCGGCUUCUUCAACGUCGCGGAUAAUGACACGCAGUCGGCAUUCGGCAAAUAUGUCGAGGCCAAGUUUCGAGCGCAUGACGGGAAUGGGGAUGGGUUGCUGACUGUCGAGGAAGCUCAGUUGCUGUGUGACAGCGAUGGGUGCUAUUGA